UAAAAAUGAAAGCAGAUAAAAGUCGCAAAAAUUACUUAACAGAGUUAGUUACUCCAAUAAGGAAGCGCAAACAAAAAAUCAAAGAGAAGGAAAACUCUUCAAAUGUGUCUAAUACCUGAACAAAAGAUAAUCGGAAAUCAAUUGUCAAGACUCUGAAAGAACCUUCAAAUGCAACAAAAUUGAAAAAGAGGAACACUAUCACUCCAACUUCAAUAGAAAUACUUAAGAUAGAAGUCCCAAAAGAAACAGCUAAUCCUUUUGAGGAUAGGAUCAAGAAACUAGAAGAGAUCCAUCAGGAUCAUCUAGGCCAAGUCAAGGCCCAAUUUCAGGAUCGGAUUAAAUACUUAGAGCAAGAAUUAGGUGAGUUCCGAGAGAAAGUUCUCCAAAAUGGAAUUACACAAGGUGUUGGUGCACAAGAUCACAAGGAGGCCUCACCUUUGAGAAAGUCUGUCCUUGACAUUUUCAAUAGCUCUAGAAAUGGUGACCAGAGUGCAGAGGAGAUUCACCAAGAAGUUAUCCAGCAGCUUGAGAAACAGCUCCAUCGCAUGCGUUCUGACUGAGAAGAAGAAACUCAAGCUAUCAAAGAUGAAUGCCAGAAGGAAUUAGAUGAACAGAGGGAGAAAUAUGAGCAGCAUCUUAAAUCCAUAACUGAAUGACAUCAGGUUGAAAAGACAAGGCUGGAAGAGAGGAUACAAAGCCUCCAAGAGAAUGAAUGCAGUUGUGCAGGAGAUUCGUACAUCUCUAGUGCUAGUAAAGAAAUGAGUAUGUUCCAUCUUACAGACCAAUUGGCACUAAUGGCAAAUAAAUAUUCAGACUUGAAAAUAUCCACGAACCAAGAAAUAUUAGCUUUGAAGGCAAAAAUAAGCACCUUGAAGGAUGUAGUAGCUUCGAAGAACACAGAAGUUGCAAAAAUUUCUGAGAAAUUGAAGAAAAGUGAAUCCAAAAAUCGUCAAACUUCUGAAGCUCUAGCUAUAAAAAUUAAGCAGCUUAAAAAUGUAAAGAGCAAAGAUAUCGAUACUAAGGUAGUCCAAGAGCUGCAAGGCCAGGUCAACAUGCUCAAAAGAGACAUGGACAGGUGUGAACUCACAGAAAAGAAGCUUAAGGAUGCUAUUAAGAAGAAGAAGCAUGAGCUUAUUGUAGAAAGAAAACUAAGAAAGACUGAGUCCAAGAUAGACAUUGAUAUUCAUCUCAAAAAGCAAGAAAUUAUGAAUAAAGUGGAGAAAGAUAACCGCAAGACCAAAGCAGAGAAUACUAGGCUAAGAGAGGAAAAUAAGAAACUCAAAAAUAGACUCUCAGAAUUCAUUUUUAAUAAGGACAUAUCAAGGUGAGCCUACCAGACCGUCAAUCCCACUAAAAAUAUGGAUAACUCUUUACUAGCACCCAUGAGCAAGUACUUUUCUCCAAUCCAAGAUGGCAAAAAGUACUUCUACCAAAGGAAGAUGAGUCAUAACAGCUUUUGGAAGGCUGAUAUAACUUUUGAUGAAAGAGCUACUUCAUCUAGGGUUAUACCGAAUCUUCAUGAGAAUCUCCACGACCAAUCAAGAAUGCCACCGAAAAGCAAAUACUCAACUGGGACCCAAAAUGGAUCUUCAUUUUACUUUGGAGACAAGAAGCGCUGACUAUCUCAGAAUAAGACCCAAAGAAAUCAAGGAGGUUCCAAAAGAUACUGAGGAAGUUCAGAAGAUGAUCUUGAUGAAGCUAAGAAAAUUUCAUAUGAUCCUCUUGAGAUAGUCAAUAAUAGAGACUUAAUCAAGACGAUAAAGUGUAAAGCAUGAGAAGGGCUCUAUAGUCCCAAAAGCUUUAUUGAACACUCAAAAAAUUGCAGACUGCUUAAUGGAGUCUCCCCAAUCAAGAAGAAAGAAAUAUUCUGAUUCAAAAAUUCUCCUUGCUAUUGCAUAAACUGCGAAAAUUCUCUGACUUCUUCACCGAAAGAUCUUUCAGCAGGUAGUGGAAGAUUUUCGAACGAACGUGAAUUGGUGCUAAAUCCUGAUGAAGAUUUUGAACAUAUUAAUUCAAACCACGAGGCUUCUAACCAUAAUGAAUCAGAGAUGAUAUCGAAAAUCUUCCCGAAGAAUAGCACUCCUGACAAGUCCUCUUCAGACAAUAACUCAAAACUUCUCACUCCUGGUGAUAAGAAUGGUAGGGUGAAGAAAAAUAAAAGGGUGCUCCAAACCAUAAAACCUUGAAAGGAAAAGAAUACUAGAGAAAUAUCAACCAGAGCAGCUAAAAAGCUGCAUUUCGAUAGAGAAUCAAAGCGUCAUAUAAACGCUAAGGAUCUCCUGAACACAAUAAAUGCAUUUGACCAGAUAGAAGGAGUUAUAACUGAGAAUAAAAAGAAAAUGAUAGAAGAUCCAAAAAAAUCGUGCUUCUAUAGUACAAAUGCGACUUCAAAAAGCAAGAUUAGCUUACUGUAUCCUUCCAGCCUCUCCAAGAUUUCUUCCUUGAAAGCAUUCAGGAAGAACAAAUUCGGAUGCUAGGAAGUUACAGCUCAGCCCUCUAUAUUAAAUAUCGUCUGGAUUGCAGACAUGUAAGAAUUUAGUAGUAUUUU